AUGGGGCUGGAGGAGGGGAUUGGGGAUCCUUAUAAAGCCUUUGAACCGAUCUUGUGUGUUCAGCCUCAUUUGGCAUCCCAACCUUUGGAGGUACAAAGACUUUAUCCUCAAACUGGCUGGGUUGAAAUUGAUCCUGAUGUUCUCUGGCUUCAGUUUCUUGCUGUGAUAAAAGAGUCUGUUAAAGCUGCAGGAAUAGAGAUGAAUCAAAUUGUUGGUCUUGGCAUUUCAACACAGAGAGCAACUUUUAUUACAUGGAACAAGAAAACGGGAAAUCAUUUUCACAACUUCAUUAGUUGGCAAGACCUAAGAGCUAUUGAGCUGGUAAAAUCUUGGAAUAAUUCAUUCCUAAUGAAGCUGAUACAGAGCUCCUGCCGAGUGCUACACUUUUUCACUAGAAGUAAACGAUUUUUUGCAGUCAGUAUGUUCAGUUUUACAAACCAGCAUGUUUCUUUGAGAUUGGCCUGGAUUUUACAGAACCUGGUUGAGGUGCAAAAGGCAGUUGAAGAAGAUAAUUGCUGCUUUGGGACUAUUGAUACCUGGUUGUUACACAAGCUCACAAAAGGUGCUGAAUUUGCCACGGAUUUUUCAAAUGCCAGUGCAACUGGGCUAUUUGACCCUUUUAAGAUGUGUUGGAGUGGGCUCCUGACCUCCCUGCUUUCAAUACCACUGUCUCUCCUGCCUCCUGUGAGGGAUACGAGCCACCAUUUCGGAUCAGUCGAUGAAGAGAUAUUUGGUGUGCCUAUACCAGUAGUGGCCUUGGUCGCCGAUCAGCAAUCAGCCAUGUUUGGAGAAUGCUGCUUCCAGACUGGAGACGUGAAACUUACCAUGGGAACUGGGACAUUUUUGGAUAUUAAUACUGGAAAUAGCGUGCAACAUACUGUUGGAGGCUUUUAUCCACUAAUUGGGUGGAAGAUUGGGCAAGAAGUUGUAUGCUUAGCUGAAAGCAAUGCAGGAGACACUGGUACAGUCAUAAAAUGGGCUCAACAAUUAGACCUUUUCACAGAUGUUGCUGAGACUGAAAAAAUGGCCAAAAGUUUGGAAGAUUCUGAAGGAGUCUGUUUUGUCCCAUCUUUUAGUGGAUUGCAGGCUCCAUUAGAUGACCCCUAUGCAUGUGCCUCUUUUAUGGGUUUGAAGCCUUCCACCAGUAAAUACCAUCUUGUACGAGCAAUAUUGGAAUCAAUAGCUUUCAGAAACAAACAGUUAUAUGAGUUGAUGCAGAAAGAGAUCAAUAUCCCUGUCACAAAAGUCCGGGCAGAUGGAGGAGUUUGUAAGAACGAUUUUGUCAUGCAGAUGACUUCAGACCUGAUUAAUGAGAAAAUAGAGAGACCUGUCAACACAGACAUGUCGUGCCUUGGUGCAGCUUCUCUAGCUGGCCUUGCUGUGGGGUUUUGGACUGACAAGGAGGAACUAAAGAAACUGAGGCAAAGUGAAGUGGUUUUCAAGCCACAGAAGAAAUGGCAAGAAUAUGAAAUGAGUAUGGAAAACUGGGUCAAAGCAGUGAAACGCUCCAUGAAUUGGUAUAACAAGAUGCAGCACUAA